AUGGCUAUUAUUGCUAAACUCCUUGGUUGUUUCAAGAACAAGGUGCACCAUCAUACCGACAACAACAACGUAGCACUAUAUCAAGAACAAGAAGAAAGUAUGUACGCCUUUUACAAACGUAUUGAGACCCAGAAUCAACUCAGCACUGACUUCUUGAGUUUCCAACCUCAAGUUUCUGUGUAUGUAAGAAACUCUCUGGUUGAUUGGUUGACGUCCCUCCAUUUUUCUCUUGAUCUUUUGCAACCGACUCUGUUUCUCGCUGUCAAUAUUGUCGAUCGUUUCCUCUCUAUUGAGGUUGUGCCGUCUGAACAUGACUUGAAACAGGUGGCUAUUGUUGCAUUAGUCAUUGCCUGUAAAUUUGAGGAGAACUGGUCUCCUUCUGCCCUUACUUUAAUGGAGGAGGAUGAGGAUGGUUACAGUCAACAGCAGAUUGAUGCCAUCGAAAAAAACAUUCUUCAAAAAUUGGGGUGGAAGUUAUUGGUUCCUACUAUCCAUUCCUUUUUGGUUGAAAUUUUUUAUUCUUGUGGGUACUGUGAUCAAGAGUUCAAGGAUAUGGCAUUCUUUUUUGGUGAAGUGGCACUUAACAAUUACCAUGCUACUAUCAGUUACUCUCCAUCCACACUUGCUGUUUCUGCCAUUUAUGCUGCAAUGUGCGUGCUAAAGAAAAGCCAUGAUUCCAAGCAAUUUCUUAACACCAAUCAAUCUCAUUCUAAAGGAGAAAUCACCUUCUGUGCUGGAAUGCUUCAACGGUUGGCGAGAAUGGCACCCACUGGGAAACUGAUGAUAACCCUUGCUGAGAAGUAUUCUGAUCAAAUAUUGAUAUUACAUUCCAAAAAGUAG